UUUUUUCCUGACAGUUGUGUUGCUAGUCACCUCAAAUGACUUAACUGAAAGGUUGAGUUUUCUGAAUUGCUGCCUGGGUGGUAGUGGGUUUCCUUAUUCCUGCCUUCACACCAUGCAUUUGGCUUAAAUCAGGGCUAUGGUUUGAGAGAUUUCAGGGGCAAAGUUACCAGGCCAGGGUAAAGGAAGCACCACCACCUGGACACUAUUUAAAGCUCCAUGUAAAUACAGAUGUCAGUGCAAGAUGCUAAGCCAACUGUAGAGUUUAUUCUUUAUGUUCCUUUAUACAUCCUUCUUCCAUGCUGAAGCAAACCUAAACCAAAAACCAAAUUUGUCACUUAUUCAGUAACAUACUCAGAUUUGAGUCAUGCUGCUUGGAAAGGGAGGGAAGUGUCACCACACCUCUCCUCUGGGAGAUAGCUGAAUGAUGGAUUAGAACUGGGUCUAAGGCUUAUAUUCUUAACAACAUUCUGUUGAAACCUUUCUGGAAAAGCUAUCAAUCACUACAGAAACCAGUUUGUACUGUCUUAUUUGUGGCUCAGGGGGCUGGGUGCUAUAGCCAGCAAAAUAGCCACCUCUUAAGCCUAAAGUGAUUCUUUCACUGUUGUAGCCUAUUUGUCUGGCUAAAGCUGAAGUGUGUUGGAGUGUGAGUGUCACCACUGCCAGGGGGUAAGGAGGUGUGGCCUCCAAUCGACUGGGCUUGGCAAACACUGCUGCGUCUCUUAACAAUUAAUUAACAAUUUAAUUGCCAGAAAUGGAAUUUAAAGUUUUCAAGCCACAGCUUUUUUCUUUUUUUUUUUUUAAUUGGCACGCUGUUACAGCAAGCUCUAUUUGUAUGCUGUUUAAAUUAAACUGUUCCUGGCAGUAGCUUUCACUUUAUCUCGGCAGAAGCGAUCUCUUGCGCUUGCUUUUCCAGAUGCACCAGCGUCAGUUCAGGGAGAGGGAGGGGAGAAGAAAACGGGAAGUUCUUGUGGUUUGUUUUUUGUAUUUAAUUAGAGUAAUUAACGGAAAACUACGGAGGAGAGGGACGGUUCGGUGAACUCUUCGGAACGUUGACUUGACCCGGGCGGGGCGGGGCUGUCCCGCUCCCCUUCCGGCCCGGCCGCUCCUCCCGCGCCGCCCCUUCCUUCCCGCCCGGGCGCGCGCGGUUCCAAAGGCGGCGGGAGCGGGAUCCUGAUCCUGAUCCUGCGGUACCUUCGGGAAGGGAGCUGCGGCAGCCGAGUCAAGGUACCGGCGUGAACCGCAGCGUCCCGCUUUAUCUUUGUCGUAUGCCCGGCUCACCCAUACGUGCUGUAUACAUCCGACCUGUAUACUUCCAUCCAUCCAUCCAUCCAUAAAUGUACAAAACUGUGCGUCUCUACGUCGGUCUGCGCCAAAGGAAGUGAGUUUUGCCGCUUUUGAGCUGAGCUGAGCAUAAUAACUUCAGCAUAUAGUGAACAGCGAAAUGUCCUCGAAGAAGAAAAUGAAGAAAAAUCAUACCAGCUCUAAGCUGCAGGAGCACAAAGCCAAACACAGUCUUCCUUGGAAAUCAGUUCCGCUUGAGGAACCAGAUGUCUCAAGGAUAUUGAAGGUAGCUGAAACAAAUCAACUUGAGGAGCUUGAUGAUUCCUUUGAUCACCCUUUGCACAGUACUGCUGUGGAUGCCUAUGGAGAGGAACAUUCACGGAACGAGGCACUCGGUCAUGUUUCGGCACCACGGAGGCAAAAUACAGGCAGACGUAAAAAACCGUGUCACUCAAAGCCCUCCGAUGGUGAUGUUCAUAAAUCCAACACAGAUGAUGCUGGAGAGGAACCCCUUGAGGAGACUGUGAAGACUGUAAAUACUAUUCAAUUCCAGGCAAAAAGGAAGCAGCCUUCAGAGGAGAGCACAUCAGAUCCUUCUGUGGAUAGCCCACAUUCUUUUCACUUGUGGUGUCCCAAAGACAUGAAGAGAUCUCCUAGAGAUAUUACAGAGCUGGAUGUUGUUCUGGAUGAAGUUGAGAAGAUAGCAGCAAAUUACAGACAAAGUAUAGAAUCAAAUGUUUGCAGAAAGGCUAUCAAAAACUUCGCUUCUGCUUUCAAGGACCAAAUGACUGAUCUUAUAGCAGGAGUCCAGGAAUUAAAGAAUAUGAAGAAAAAAAAUGCUAAGGCAAUAACAAACCUCAGAAAGAAAAGGCAGCACUUGAUGAAAGUCAGAGAAAAGCUAAUUCGAGCUGAACCGCAACUGACGCAACUUCAGAAAGAAUAUGCUGAGAUACAGGAAAGGAAAUCUUCCUUGAGGCAAACAGUUGAAUUAAUUACUGAUUUAAAGGAGCUACAGCAAGACUGUUUGGAUUAUAGAGAAGAAAACCCAAAAGAAAAAGUGGUAUAUGGAACUUCCAGCCUCCCUGCUCUUCUGGUGGAGUCCCGAAGAAUUCUAGGAGCAGAAAGGCACUUUGAGAGUAUCAAUGAGACACUGAAAAAGGCUCUGGCUGUACAAAAAGAGCAGAGAGCAGAGAAAAAUUAAGUGUCUUUCUAAGAUUUUCAGACAUUCAGUAGGAACAGUGUUGUCAGUGCUUUAAAGCUUGUUUAAUCAUUGUUACUCUUAUUUUGUUUCAGUGUUUAAAAUAAGUCAACAACUUAGAGAUUGUAUCUUUUUAUUGUCAGAUAGUAUCAGAAUAUCAAUGAAAGGAAAUAGUGAUCCACAGUUAUUAAAACUUGUCUGUACUCUGAACAAGGUUGGCUGUUAAUCUUGCACUAUUAAAGUAAUCUUGAGAGGAAUAUAUUCAUAAAGA